UGUGUGUGUGUGUGUGUGUGUGUGUGUGUGUGUGUGUGUGUAUGUGAGUGUGUGUGUGAGUGUGUGUGUGUAACUCUCGUGAUGGAGUCCCGCUGGUGAGGCGAGAGGGGGCCGUCGGAAGGGAAGGAGACAUGUUGGGACGGAGGGACGGGCACCGCAUUGAAGCUAGCUGUAGAAGUAACCAUGGAAACGGCGUGGAAGUCCUUGGCCUGCGUGGUCAUUGUUGUCGCCGUGGUUGCCAGCAAGGUGGUACCCGAGAGAGCCACCGGUGAAGAGUUCAUGAACUCACAAGCGGAGUUCCUGUCCAGGCUGGACCAGUAUGAGAUCGCCAUCCCGGUGCGUGUUGGGCCUGGGGGGGAGACCCUGGAUGCCGAGGAGCCCCAACACCCCCACAGUGGGCACAGACGGCACCGCCGCAGCAGCCCCGCCGACCAGCAGCAGCAUGGUGACCAGCAACAGAGUCAGGGUGGCAACAGUGGUGCCAGCGAUGGUGCCAGCGAUGGUGCCAGUGGGAGCGGUGGCGGUGACGACACGCAGCUGUACUACCAGCUGUCCACGCAGCACAGCAGUUUCCUGCUGAACCUCACCCUGCAGACGGGGCUGCUGUCGCAACAGUUCCGCGUGGAGUACUGGAGCCGGGGCAAGCUGGCCUGGAGCCACCCCUACGCCCCCAGCUGCCACUACACCGGCCACCUGCAGCACCAGGCCGGCUCCAGCCAGGUGGCACUCAGCAACUGCGACGGCCUGAGGGGGGUGAUCGUGGCCGGGGGCGAGGAGUUCCUCAUCGAGCCCCUGGGGUCCGCCCAAAACCUCACCAGCAUCGAGGGCCAGGCAGGGCGACCCCAUGUGGUGUACAAGAGGUCAUCCCUGCGACACCAGUACCUGGACCAGUCCUGUGGCGUCUUAGAUGAGAAGCCUGGAAAGACGCUUGCGUGGUGGCAGCGCACGCUAAAGACCUCGCCCAAUCAAAUGGGGCGGAGCCAGCUGCCACUCAAGCGCUCCGUGAGCCGAGAGCGUUACGUGGAGACACUGGUCGUGGCCGACAAGAUGAUGGUCGGUUACCACGGCCGCCGGGACAUCGAGCAGUACAUCCUGGCCGUCAUGAAUGUUGUUGCCAAACUCUUCCAGGAUUCUAGCCUGGGGAACGCUGUGAACAUUGUAGUUACUCGUCUCAUCCUGCUAAUGGAGGACCAGCCUACGCUAGAGGUCAACCACCACGCAGGGAAGUCUUUGGACAGCUUCUGUAAGUGGCAGAAAUCCAUCCAGAACCGGAAUGGCAACGGGAACGCCAUCCCUGAUAAUGGCAUAGCGCACCAUGACACCGCAGUGCUCAUCACAAGGUAUGACAUCUGCAUCUACAAGAACAAACCAUGUGGGACGUUAGGUCUGGCUCCGGUAGGGGGGAUGUGUGAGCCAGAGAGGAGCUGCAGUAUUAAUGAGGACAUCGGUCUGGCAACCGCCUUCACCAUCGCUCAUGAGAUAGGACACACGUUUGGAAUGAACCAUGAUGGCAUGGGGAAUGCCUGCGGUUCCCGCAGUCAGGAGACGGCCAAGCUGAUGGCCGCUCACAUCACCAUGAAGACCAACCCGUUCGUGUGGUCGGCCUGCAGCCGCGACUACAUCACCAACUUCCUGGACUCGGGCAUGGGCUCAUGUCUUAACAACAUCCCACCGAAGCAGGAGUUUGUGUACCCGUCCACGGCCCCCGGGCAGGUGUACGACGCCGACGAGCAGUGCCGCUUUCAGUACGGCGUGAAGUCUCGCCAGUGUAAAUACGGGGAGGUGUGCAGUGAGCUGUGGUGUAUGAGCAAGAGCAAUCGCUGCAUCACAAGCAGCAUCCCUGCCGCCGAGGGGACCAUCUGCCAGACCAACACCAUCGAGAAAGGGUGGUGCUAUAAGCGUUUGUGUGUGCCCUAUGGAACUCGCCCUCAGGGGGUCGAUGGUGGGUGGAGCCUCUGGUCUCCGUGGGAGGAGUGCAGUCGGACCUGUGGGGGCGGAGUCUCAUCAUCUGUCCGUCACUGUGACAGUCCCAGGCCAACGGUUGGAGGGAAGUACUGUCUGGGGGAGAGGAAGCGUUUUAGGUCCUGCAAUACCGAUGAGUGCCCGUCUGGGUCUCAGGACUUCCGUGAGAUCCAGUGUUCGGACUUUGACAACGUGCCUUUCAGAGGGAAAUUCUACACCUGGAAACCUUAUAGAGGGGGUGGGGUUAAGUCCUGCUCCCUGAACUGCCUGGCGGAAGGCUAUAACUUCUACACAGAGCGUGCACCAGCGGUCGUGGACGGGACACCGUGCAGGGAGGACUCUCUGGACAUCUGCGUCAAUGGAGACUGCAAGCACGUGGGCUGCGACCGCAUCCUGGGCUCAGACAUUCGAGAGGACCGCUGCCGUGUGUGCGGGGGCGACAGCAGCACCUGUGCCACCAUCGAGGGCGUCUUCAACGAUACACUGUCCGAAGGAGGUUAUGAAGAGGUCAUCCGGAUCCCCAAAGGCUCUGUCUUCAUACACAUCCAGGAACUCAACGUCUCUCUCAACUACUUGGUGCUGAAGAGCAAAGGGGACCAGUACUUCAUCAACGGGAAGCUGACCAUAGACACGCCUCGCCGCUUCGAGAUCGCCGGGACGACCUUCCACUACCGCCGGCCCGCAGACGAGCCCGAGUCCCUGGAGGCCUUGGGGCCCACAAACAUCACCCUUGUUGUCAUGGUGCUGGUGAGAGAGGAGAACUCUGGGAUCAUCUACCGCUUCAACCCCCCUGUGAGUCGAGACCUCCUCAGCGGAUACGCCUGGCAUUACAUGUCCUGGACACGCUGCUCCGAGCUGUGCGGUGGAGGGGCUCAGAUACAGCAGGUGGUGUGUAAGAAACAAGCAGACCAUUCGGUGGUGUUCAACCACUACUGUGACAAGACAAACAAGCUGAAGGACAAGAAGAGAGCAUGUAACACAGAACCAUGUCCCCCAACCUGGUGGACGGGCGAGUGGUCUGACUGUAGCCGUAGCUGUAACGGAGGCGUGCGCACGCGUGAGAUACUGUGCAAGAGGAAGCUGUCCACGGCAGAGGGGAAGGUCCAGGAUGACACCGCCUGCCCCGACCCCCGACCCCCCAUCACAGAGCCCUGCAACAACCACAGCUGCCCCCCUGAGUGGCUCGCCCUCAACUGGUCCGAGUGUUCCCCCAGCUGUGGUCCAGGCUACAGGCUCCGUGUGGUGCUGUGUAAGAGUGGGGAGAACGGGGACACCCUACUGGAGUCUGACUGUCCCAAACAGGGCCGUCCCACCAGCAGGGUGCGCUGUAACCUGCAGCGCUGCCCGCCGCCACACUGGGUGGCAGGCCCCUGGGGAGAGUGUUCUGCUAAGUGUGGUCUGGGUCAGCAGAUGCGCUCGGUGAGGUGUCUGACCAACACCGGCCUCCCGUCCUCAGAGUGUCCGGACCUCCAGAGACCCUCCAGCACGCAGCAGUGUCGGAGCAAGUGUGACCUCAUCAGCCCCACCGACAACCCAGAGGAAUGCAAAGAUGUGAACACAGUGGCAUACUGCCCCCUGGUGUUGAGGUUCAAGUUCUGCAGCCGUCCAUACUUCAGGCAGAUGUGCUGUAAGACCUGCCAAGGACACUGACCUCCGCUCCCCUCGCCGCUCUCUCUGUCCACCAGUCCACGGUUUCUAGCUCACCACCCCACACAGCCGCUGACUUUAAAAACAGCACCGUCCCUGAUCCACCACUGACCCAGUUAAUCUAAACCCAAUCAGCGGGCGGCACAGCUGGGGUGCGUUCCCCGAGAGAGUCCACAAGCAUGUACCGCCAUACCGCAGCCAAGCGAUAGAAAGCCUAGAAUAAAACACCCUCCCCCACCCUCUCUCUAUUUCUUGGUAACUGUGGUGAUUGCUUAGCCACGCUGUCAGGAAAUGCACCCUAGUUCUGUAGUCAGUAGUUCUCUCAGGCUCUGUGAAUUUCUCUGGCGGGGUUACUGGGUAGAACAGGCCACUGAAGAGCAGAAGACGAGAGAGAGGGAGACAGACGGGGGAGAGAGACAGGGACACAGAGAGAGGGAGACAGACGGGGGAGAGAGACAGGGACACAGAGUCUGUCACCGUGGCGAUGUGGGAGACCCGUGAGCAUGCUGCUGCUUCUGCUGCUGUGGAGUCACAUCCUCCGUCCAUCACCAUAGCAACAUGCCAUCAGAGCUGCAAGUGGCCCACCAGAGAGGAAAUGUCGUACGUCCGUGUGUGUGUGUGUGUGUGUGUGUGUGUGUGUGUGUGUGUGUUUGAUGUAGCUUUAUCUUGACCACAACGGAGAUGAGACCGUCAUCUGAAUGGUGCCAGAAUGUGCACCCUAGAUCCCAGCAUGCAUUUCAGGCUGUUAAUGUUGAACAAAACCUUUGAAAUGUCUAAGAUAUUAUUAGAGCUAAUGGAUUGUUACCUGACACAGUCUAGUUCCCUUUAAUUCUGCUCUUGUCCUUCUGUUGUUGUGGGUCAGACCUCUUGCCUCGUGUGUCAACUGUCAUUGCAUGGACCAGAUGUGCAGUAUGUCUCCAAAAGCUAAUCACAAAGUUGUAUUGUGCACAAGGAUUAUGAAAAUGUGACCACCAUAGCAUUUGUAACCAUAACCUCAUCAACACCUGAACAAGUGGAUGAGGUUAUUACACGACCCAGAGCUAAUUGAACCCAUUUGACAUGUAAUCACAGGGAUCACCCUUCAGUACUGAUGUGUUCAGAGCUGGACUAAGCCUUUCUGUGUGUGGAAUACAUCAACAGUAUGAGAAGACAUGUCUUUAUUGAAGAGAUGUCUCUAGCAUACUCUUAUGAAAGAGAUGUCUGUAGCAUACUCUUACGAAAGAGAUGUCUGCAGCAUACUCUUAAUAAAGAGAUGUCUCUAGCAUACUCUUUAUGGAGAGAGCCUCUAACUAAGUUGUGGUGGCGUUCUCCUUGGUGCUUUGGAAUGGUGCUAUUUCUUAAUGGUUCUUGAUGUUAUUAUUAUUAUUAUUACUAUUGUUGAAAUCAUUCUAAUGAAAACUGAUUCUCUUGUGGUCAAGCUAAGUUGGUAAAGAUACUGUAUAAUGUACGUAACAAGAUUUAGAAGAGAAGACCCUAUUUCAGCCUUCCCCCACCAUGUAUGCCAGAUAUGUGCUCAAAUCUGAAAGAAAUUUCCUAGUAAAACGUUAAAUGUUUUAUAUUUUAUUUUCAUUAUUUUUAUACACCCGUUGUUGUAUCUUUUAGGGUGUAAUUAAAUCCACGAUGGUUGACAAUAAAGUUUGUUUUUUAAAG